AUGGAAGGGCUUCAUAUUGCCUUAGAGGAUGUGGUUACUGAAGGAGUGUUUCGGAGUGCUCCAAUGGGUUCUGGUGAGGUCCGCAUUUCUCAUUUGUUUAUGCAGAUGACACGAUUUGAGUGGGAUGUCUCUAAUAUUCAGAACUUGAUUCGUAUUAUAAGGUGCUUUUAUUUGGUGUCGGGGCUUAAUCUCAAUCUUACUAAAUCAAAUCUUUAUGGGGUAGGGGUUAACCCGGUGGAGAUUGCUACUUUAGCUUCUUUUACCGGGUGUUCGGAUGGAACUCUUCCAUUUGUUUAUCUUGGUAUCCCAGUUGGAGAAUCUAUGGUUCAUCUUAAAGGUUGGCAGAUUAUCAUCGACCGAUUUAAGAAGAUGUUAUCUUCAUGGAAGGUCAAGUUGUUGUCCAUUAGAGGUCUUCUGACCCUUAUUAAGUCGAUUCUAGGGAGUUUAGGUAUUUACUUCUUCUCUCUGUUUAGUCUUCCUGCGACUAUUUGUCACUCUCUAGAGGCUUUGAGGGUUCGAUUUUUUUUGGGAGUGGAUGAAGGUCAACAUCGUAUUCAUUGGGUUAAUUGGAAGUUAAUUUUUGAACUCAUAUGCUCAUGGAGAUCUUGGGGUUGGUAG